UGGAAAAUCCCGAGCCGCGGCCGCCGAGCCCCCGAGCCCCCAGCCUAGCCGGGAGGGGGGCACGGGGCUGGGGCCCGGGGCGGGUCCGGGCGGCGGGACCCACUGCUCUUCCUCCCAGGGUCCCCGCGCGGCACCGGGUCUCCCGGGCAGCUGCGGCGGCGGCGCUCGCACCCCGGCCCCGGCGGGCCCCGGCGGGCCCCGGCGGAGCGGCGGGCACAGGUCCCAGGAAGGUGGCGUCAGCAUCUGCAGCCGCGUCGACGUUGUCGGAGCCUCCGCGGAGGACCCAGGAGAGCCGGACUAGGACCAGGGCCCUGGGCCUCCCCACACUCCCCAUGGAGAAGCCGGCGGCCUCUACAGAGCCCCAAGGGCCUCGGCCGGUGCUGGGCCGUGAGAGUGUCCAGGUGCCCGAUGACCAAGACUUUCGCAGCUUCCGGUCAGAGUGUGAGGCUGAGGUGGGCUGGAACCUGACCUACAGCAAGGCUGGGGUGUCUGUCUGGGUGCAGGCUGUGGAGAUGGAUCGGACGCUGCACAAGAUCAAGUGCCGGAUGGAGUGCCGUGAUGUGCCAGCCGAGACACUCUACGACGUCCUACACGACAUUGAGUACCGCAAGAAAUGGGACAGCAACGUCAUUGAGACUUUUGACAUCGCCCGCUUGACAGUCAAUGCUGACGUGGGCUAUUACUCCUGGAGGUGUCCCAAGCCCCUGAAGAACCGUGAUGUCAUCACCCUCCGCUCCUGGCUCCCCAUGGGCGCUGAUUACAUCAUUAUGAACUACUCAGUCAAACAUCCCAAAUACCCACCUCGGAAAGACUUGGUCCGAGCUGUGUCCAUCCAGACGGGCUACCUCAUCCAGAGCACAGGGCCCAAGAGCUGCGUCAUCACCUACCUGGCCCAGGUGGACCCCAAAGGCUCCUUACCCAAGUGGGUGGUGAAUAAAUCUUCUCAGUUCCUGGCUCCCAAGGCCAUGAAGAAGAUGUACAAGGCGUGCCUCAAGUACCCCGAGUGGAAGCAGAAGCACCUGCCUCACUUCAAGCCGUGGCUGCACCCGGAGCAGAGCCCGUUGCCGAGCCUGGCGCUGUCGGAGCUGUCGGUGCAGCAUGCGGACUCACUGGAGAACAUCGACGAGAGCGCGGUGGCCGAGAGCAGAGAGGAGCGGAUGGGCGGCGCGGGCGGCGAAGGCAGCGACGACGACACCUCGCUCACCUGAGCGCCGCACCGCUUCAGGGACGGAGACAGGACCGGGCGAGCCCUGGGGCGGCGGCUGCUCCUGCGCUUUCUCCCCUCCCCCACCCGGCACCUCCUGGUGGCACCGGGCCGGGCCCAGGCGGGUGCUGCAGCCUGGCUGGACAGAGCCCCAAUAAACGAUCCCACAGCCUCA